AGCUUACCUUGAAUUUCAAAAUGGAGCUUGACAUCCAGUGCGAGGAGAUGAACCCGGCUCGAUGGGCUGAGCUGCUUUCCAUCAUGAAAACCUGCAAGGCCAUCAGGCUGGAUGACUGCAGCCUCUCCAGCAGCGACUGCAAGGACCUCUCCUCCGUCAUCAACGCGAAUCCGUCCCUCACAGAGCUGAAGCUGAACAACAACGAGCUGGGCGAUGCGGGCAUCGAGUACCUGUGCAAAGGCUUGCUGACGCCGAGCUGCAGCUUGGAGAAAUUAUGGCUGCAAAACUGCAACCUGACGAGCGCCAGCUGCGAGACUCUGCGCUCCGUGCUCAGCGCGCAGCCCUCGCUGACGGAGCUGCACGUGGGCGAUAACAGACUGGGAACGGACGGCGUUAAGGUGCUGUGCCAAGGGCUCAUGAACCCCAGCUGCAAGCUCCGCAAGUUGCAGCUGGAAUAUUGUGAGCUCACAGCCGAUAUCGUGGAAGAUCUCAACGCUGCUCUGCAAACGCAGCCCAGCCUGAAGGAGCUCAGCCUCAGUAACAACACGCUGGGAGACACGGCUGUGAAGCAGCUGUGCCGGGGACUGGUGGAAGCAAGAUGCGACUUGGAGCUUCUGCACCUGGAGAACUGUGGAAUAACCAGCGAUAGCUGCCGGGAUAUUAGCGCUGUCCUCAGUAACAAGUCCUCCCUGAUAGAUCUGUCUGUGGGGGAUAACAAGAUUGGGGACUCUGGUCUGGCUCUGCUGUGCCAAGGACUGCUGCAUCCCAACUGCAAAAUCCAGAAGCUAUGGUUAUGGGACUGUGAUCUCACAAACGUUAGCUGUAAAGAACUCUCCAGAGUUAUCAGUACAAAGGAGACUCUCAUAGAAAUAAGCCUGAUAGACAACAACCUGAGAGACGCGGGCAUGGAAAUGCUGUGUCAGGCACUCAAGGAUCCUCGAGCCCAACUCCAGGAGCUGUGGGUGAGAGAGUGUGGGCUCACGACCGCUUGCUGCAAGGCAGUCAGCUCCGCUCUCAGCGUGAACAAACACCUGAAAAUACUGCACAUGGGUGAGAACAAGUUGGGAGAUGCAGGCGUCGAGCUGCUGCGCGAGGGGCUGCUGCACCCGAACUGCAACCUCCAGUCCCUGUGGCUGGGUAACUGCGAUCUCACAGCGGACUGCUGCACCACUCUGGCCACAAUCAUGGUCAGCAAACAGUGUCUUACAGAGCUCGACCUGAGCUACAACACGCUGGAAGACGAUGGCAUGAGGAAGAUCUGUGAAGCCUUGAGGAAUCCAAACUGCAAGUUGCAGCAGUUAAUCUUGUAUGACAUUUUCUGGAGUGCAGAGAUGGAUGAUGAACUAAGAGCCCUGGAAGAAUCCAAGCCUGAACUGAAGAUCAUUUCCUGAUCAUUACUGGCCACAGAGCCAAGUCAAAGCAAUGUCCUCUUUUUAAUCUGAACUUUUCAUAUAUAAGGCUAAUUAAUAUAGAACGUGCUUUUACCAAGAAGCGUUCGUGGAGUCCCUGCGUGGCUGCCCAAGGAGUUGAUCAGCCUCCUGUGCAUCGCUGCAUGUACUAAAUCUGAGGCUUAAUAAAGCUUUCUAAGCUUUCACUGCUGCAUUCCUAUCCUCAAACUAAACACUUACUGGGCAUCUGCUCGAAGUGAGUCUCUACCCUUUAGGAGCUCUUUAAUCCCUCCUAACUCCUCCUAAUGUAUUAGUCAGCCUUUAAGGAGAGCUAAAGCAAGAAAACUGCCCGCUCUGUUACUCCUGGGUGGUGCUUUUGCUUUUUUCCUGAGGAAAGCUCUUGAGGACCAACGCAGAUGUGGUUUUUAGACUAAAAUUGAGCUCUCCACUCAUUUUGCUAAAGGAGUUAUUGGAAAAGCAGUGGUGGCUAGAGAGCUAGAGAAGAAAGGGAAUGG